CUCUAGGUAUCAUCUGUGGCAGACGCAAAUCUUGUAUAUGCGCUAUCCAGAGUCUCCUGUGAGAGUUUAGCUUUAGUCAAAAGACGAAUUUCACGAGUGAAAUCAUCUGUUGGCUAAAGUUACAUAGCUGAAAGCACAAGUGUGCAGGCCUGAGCAUAGUGUGCUGACUUUACAGUCUACAGACCGUACAGACUUGCAGAACUGCAGAUACAAUUCUGUGCAAAUUUGAGAAAUCUGCACCUGAUAUUAUGUCUUCAAGACUAUCGUCGAUCUCUGAGGAGGGUGUAGAGAGCCAGUUGAGCCUCCACACUCAAAGUGUCAUGGAGGCUCCUGUGGAGAAGAGCUCAACAGAAAAGCAUACAAGCUGGAGGAAGAAGAAAACCAUGUCUUCUUUCUUCAAGAGAAUAUGUAAGGCUGCGAAGCUCCCCUUCUACUGCUCUCAGGACACAGUGGAGUCUCACAGUGGAGACCCACAGUUUGACAUCUCUACACCAGAUGUCAAUCUGUCCAUCUCUAAGGAGAGUGUGGAGAGCCUGGAACUGUUGAGCCUCAGCAGCCAGGAUGUGUCGUGCUUUAGCGUAGGCACGUGCAUCAUUAGGAGAGGAACCGUGGACAGCCUGGAAGGGGAGAACGAAAACCGCUUAUCCAAUUCCGAUAGUUACCAUGAGGAGAGUAGCUUUGUACUUCCAGGUGAAGUUCCCGUUGAGUCAGUAGGGGCUUCAGCCUGCAUGAGCCUAAAGGCAGCACCCAAAUUAGAUGACACUACACCUGACGUCAUCUCUAAAGACAGUAUAGAGAGGCUGCAAUUGGAGGCUACAGUUCCACCAAAGGCUACAGAAGAACGAAGAAAGAGAAAAGGAGUCCGCUCUUUCUUCAAGAGAAUGUGGAAGGCUAUGAAGCGUCCUUUCCACUCCAAGAACAAAGUGGAACCUUUUGUGCCUCCUCCACCAGAGCUUGAUGACCCUGAGCCGUCACCUGCCCCAGAGCCUUUAGACUUCGGACCAACUAAUGAAUCCAUCCACUCUCGCUAUAGAGUGAAGAAGCCUAUUGGAGAAGGAGGCUAUGGCAAGGUGCAUGAGGGCAUCCGUAUUUCCGAUGGCAAAAAGGUUGCCAUCAAGCGUAUUCGGAAGACUCCACAUGAUCAGUAUCUUCAAAUCCCUGGGUAUCCCAAACCUCUCAUUACAGAAGUUGCACUGCUGCUAAUGAUGAGGGAAGAACCCAUAAGCUCUCACGCCAUCCAACUAUAUGAGUGGUUUGAGCACCCCCGAAAAUUCACGCUCAUUAUGGAGUUUCCGGAUCCUUGUGAGAGCUUGUUUGACUACAUCAACAACAAUCCCCAAAUAAGUGAGACAACAGCACAGGUCAUCAUGCGCCAGGCUGUGCAAGCCGUACAGCACUGCAUUGAGCGUGGUGUUUUUCAUAACGAUAUUCAUCCAGAGAAUAUCCUGUUGAGAAAACACACUUUGGAGCUCAAGUUGAUAGACUUUGGCUGCGGUCAUCUACUUAAUAGGAAAGGCUACGAUUGCAGGAAAUAUAGAGGAAUAAGAGCUUACUUCCCACCCGAACUCUUAAUCUACGGCAAAUUCUAUGCCGUCCAAACAAAUGUCUGGGCUCUUGGAGUAUUGCUGUAUGAGAUGAUGAACAAGUGUCCUCCAUUUCGUGAUAUAAAGGAAAUCACGCAAGCCAAAGUUAGAUUUGCCAACCCAGAUUUAUCUGGAGAAUGCCGUGAUCUGAUUCUCCAGUGCCUAACCCGUGAUCUAACUGAAAGGCCGGUCCUUGAAGAGAUCCUGCAGCAUGACUGGUUUCAAACAGUGGAUGUAAAAUGAAGGGAAUCAGAAAAUUGAAACAUCAUUGGUUUCAGAGGUGAGACUAUGUAACAGACAGAAUAGGAAACUACAUUUGUGCUGUCAUCUUCAAUUCUGGAUCAUAUGUGAUAUGAAUUUAAAAUAUGAUUAGUGAUGUGAGUUCAUUUUAACAAUCUUGUUAUACUAUAAUAUUCGAUUAAAGGAAAAAAAAAAAAAAAAGAAAAA